UUCGCUGCAUUGAACCAUCUGGAGACAUAAUUAAUUACCGUGAUAUGCUCUGGUCUACACCACCACCCAUGUCUCUAUCAAUCGGGUCAUCUGUUUCCAAAAUCAACGUCAUGAAGAGCUGGGGCAAGGCAAUAUGAGCAGGUUGACUGUGUGAGGCCAAUGGCUUGCUCAUGCACUUCGACUUGGGCGCUGCGAAGACGGAGCUGGCCUUGGGAGGCCUGAUCAGAUCGUGGAGAUUUGCGAACCACAACGGCUAGAGACUGCCGCACGCUGCAAAUGCUAUCAGCAAAACGGAAUGGCACGAUAUAAUCCUGGCCGCAGUGCGUCCCCUGAAGCGAAUGUGUCCGCCGUCGGUCUGGCCAUGCUCGAGUUUUUCUCUUCCCCACAUCCGUUGUGACCGCGCACUCUCCGAGCAUCUUCACGAUGCACGCACUCGCUCGACUUGUGACGGCUCUUGUCUGCAGCACGACCGUGCUAGCAGCACAGUGCUACUUCCCCAACGGCGGUGCUGUCGACUCAGACACUGCUUGUAAUCCAAAUGCCCUGGUUUCUGCGUGCUGUUACAAAAACCAGGCGUGUUUAUCGAACGGACUCUGUGUUUCUGACCCGCACGACUCUGAAAAGGCGCGGCUGCAUCGAGGAACGUGUACCGACAAGCAGUGGCUGAGCGGGAACUGCCCGCGCCAGUGUCUCGAUAUCGACGACAACGGUGUACCAGUCUACAGCUGCAACUCGACCAGCACAGACUCGUACUGCUGCUACGAUGGCUGUGACUGCCAGGCCAACUCCGCAUUCGAGAUCUUCACUUUGGCGCAAUCGCCAGCCGACGUAUACACCUUGACAAUCAUCGGCGAAUCGUACACCCAGACCCACACCUCCGCUGCUUCCUCAACAUCGACUUCGAUCGCAGCAACAUCAAGCGCAUCAGCAUCAGCAUCAGCAUCAGCAUCAGCAUCAGCAUCAGCAUCAGCAUCGGCAUCAGCAUCGGCAUCGGCAUCGGCAUCGGCAUCCAUUAGCGCUUCCACGGCAGUCUUCACCGCCGGAUCCUCAUCAUCGGUCGCAAGCGCCUCAGCAACAACAACAGUCGCACCCACCGCUGAACCGGAAAGGAAGUCCAAUACCACCGCUCUCGGGGUCGGCUUAGGAGUCGGAAUCCCCGUCGCCGCACUCAUCGGUGCAGGCAUCUUCUUCCUCCUUCGCCGACGCAGAGCGCAUGCCGCAGACUCUCCACCGUCCGAGCUAGCCGCAGAUGAAAACGCUCUGCAUCCGACAUAUCCGAGCAUGAAACGAGCAGGAGCGCACCCAUCCAGUGGCACCCACACGACGAACCUAGAUACCCAGACCUCCCCUAGGGAGUAUAGCAUAAUCAGUGAUCAGCAUUGUGCGAUUGCUCUCGAGUAG